AUGUCACGAGAAGAGCUGUUGGUCUUGCGAAAGACCCUGAAAGACCUGCUGGACAGAGGAUUCAUCCGAGCGACGCGACCGAUACCCACUGCCCUCAUCGCGGAGACCCUGCAGAAUCUGGCCAAGGCUAAGUGGUUCACCAAGUUGGACGUGGUGGCCGCUUUCCAUAAGAUCCGCAUGGCUCCGGGACAUGAGGGAAAGACUGCAUUUCGCACGAGGUUUGGGCUCUACGAGUGGCUCGUGUGCCCUUUCGGCCUGAGCGGCGCCCCGCGCGCCAUCCGCGAAUGGGAGGCCCUGACCACGGUGAAGGGUGUCAGAAGCUUUCUGGGCUUCGCCAACUAUUACCGGAUCUUCAUCCCCGACUAUGCCAAGAUCACGCAGUCUCUGGAUGCCCUGCUUAAGAAAGGAACUGCCUUUCAUUGGGGACGAGCGGAGAACGAGGCGUUUCAGGAGCUGAAGCGACGAUUUUGCGAGUCACCGGUGCUCAAGCAGUGGGACCCGAGCCUCCCGACCUUUUUGGAGACGGAUUGCUCAGGCUACGCAUUGGGAGGCGUCCUGUCGCAGGAAGGCCCAGAUGGACGUCGACACGCAUGCGCCUUCUUCUCGAAGCGACUUUCGCCAGCGGAGUACAACUAUCCCAUUCACGACAAGGAGAUGCUUGCCAUCAUGAGAUGUCUCGACAACUGGAACGCCGAACUUAGGAGCUGCGGCCCAUUUACAAUCCUUACCGAUCACCGCAACCUGGAGUAUUUCAUGACACGCCAGAAGCUCACGGAACGGCAGAGCCGUUGGGCAGCCGAAUUGUCCCAGUUCGACUUCAAGCUCGAGUAUCGACCGGGAAGCGAGGCUGUCGUGCCUGAUGCGUUGUCCCGCCGUGAACAAGACAAGCCACAGGGCAUUGACGACGAGCGGGAACAAGGAAGAAUGAUACAGUUGAUACCGGAUAGUGCCAUUCCAUCAUCGACAAGAGCAUGUAUCAACGCGAUGAGUUCUGACUGUUCAGAGGCAUCCACCCUGCCGAAGAUGAAGGUCUUCGAGGUAGCGGACCUGCAGCAACUCUGGGACGAAACGGUGGCGAAGGACUCGAUAUUCCGGGCAGCCUAUAAGGCAGUCCGCGAUCGCGAGCGUGCCUUCCCGCCCUCGCUGGGCCUGAAGAUCCAGAUUUCAGAAUGUGCGAUCGACGCAGGCAAAAGGCUGACAUUCAGAGACCGUAUUUGGUCGCAUGACUCUGUUGCGACCGGUCAUCCCGGCAGGGAAGGUACGCUGGCUAUUGUGGCUCGGCGAUUCUACUGGCCUGGGCAGUCCCAGCUGGUUCGCCGUGUCAUUACCGAUUUCACGGAAUGCCACGGUGUCACGCAGAAAUUGAGCACGGCCUAUCAUCCUCAGACGGACGGAGGGCCAGAGAGAAUGAACCAGGAGAUCGAGGCCUACCUGAGAGCCUACGUGUCCGACCAAGAUCAGCCCCUUUUCGCUGAGCAUGGUUACCACGUCGAUCCCAUCAGCGUCGAGGAAUCGGAAGAGCCACCGAGGCAUAGAGAGGAAAGCAGAGCUGAUAGCCUACUCAGUCGCCUGCAGGAGGUCAAUGAGUACAUGCAAGCAGUGAUGGCCUCCUCACAGCAACAACAAGAAGAGGCUGCCAACGCAAAGCGACAGCCUGCGGAGCGAUUUGAAGUUGGUGACAAGGUGUGGCUCUCGAUGGCAAACUACAGAUCGCCACGACCGUGCAAGAAGCUCGACUGGCUGCAUCACAAGUACACAGUCACGAAGAUCCGGCUCCUGGCCAAAAGGUAG